UUUAAGUAGAGAAGCGCCAAAUCCACAAGGCAUGAUUCUUAUUCAAUGAAGUCCAAACUGCAAACUGCGGGUAAUGCGAUAUGACGGAAAACACGGAGGAUACAGAUCGAUUUGGUUUUAACAUCAGUUGAUUUCUUUCAAUAAUGGCAGAAAAGCAUACACGCUUUCCAGAAACAUGGAAUGAUGAUGCGAGAAUGACAGUUCUGUUUGCUCCAUUCAGAGACAAAUCCUUAAACCCCAGUUCAUGGGAUCAGAAAAUGACAUUUUGGUCCAACCUGAUCGUGUCCGAUUGUACAAUUUGUGGUGACAUUGUCAUUGACGUCAAAACAUUGCCAUGUAGGUUUCAGAGGAAUGGGAAGACUCCUGCAUGUCUCAGUUCAGUGGUCGAUGAAAUGGAAAGAACAGGAAAGUUGAAACAAGUAGCAGAUACAGAAAUGUCUCCAUCAAAUCAAGGUGCUGCCAGAAAAGGCUGGAUGUCAUGGGGUAUGGACACGUUUAUAAAAGCUCCCAUUUCCAUGGGAUGGAAUCUGAUGACCAAGCCAACCAUAUCCAGCACAAAACUAGUUGUUGUUGAGGCUCUAAAGUCAAAGUGUGAGGAGGUUUGCAGACUGCAGUGUGCAUGUAUGGACUGUGAUAUAACUGACUCUGUGAUAGAAUACUCUGAACUCUGGGAUAGAUGUAGAGAGCUGUGUAAAACCGAGGGAGAGUUCUACCUAGUGCUGAAGGAGCUGGACAAGGAAAAGAGGAUCAUGUUUUACCACACAGAUACCUGUCUGCUUGUAAAGUUUCCCCAGAGGUCGGAGUCUACAGCUGGACCAGUGACUGAACAGGAUAUCCAGAUAUAUAGUAUGAAGAAAGCUUCAAAGGUCCUUCUUGAUAGAAUAGAGAAGCUUGGAAAAGAUGUUGAUAGGUUAACAGUGGAAGCAAAAAUGCAUAAAAGGAAAGAUAUGAAACAAUAUGCAUUACGAUCCCUGCGACAGCGACGACGUACACAGAACAGGAUGAGUAAGCUGUCUGGCUCGCUGGAUAUGAUUGACGAUGUCCUCAGUCGAAUACAGCAUGCAGCAUCUGACGAAAUGGUUUUGAAAGCACUACAAGCUGGUUCUGGUGCCUUGAAAACCUUAACCGACAGAACAGGACUGGACGAGGUUCACCGAACCAUGGACAACCUGGCAGAGGUAUUGGACCAUCAAAAUGAAAUUGAGUCAGAGAUGAACAUGUCCAGAAUUGGAGAUGUCAGCUCUGAAGACCUUGAGAGAGAGCUUGAGAGCCUGAUUGGGGAACAUAUGGCACCACCACAGGGCGACUCUGUAGUGUCACCAGAGAAAGUCAAUGUCUCGCCACCUCGCGGAGCUCCAAUUACAAUCUCCCCAGAAAAUGAUGUUUUAGGCAUAGCAGAUCUUUUGGCAGGUCUUGACUUUGGUUCACCAUCUGGUCCGACCCAAUCCAAACAGGCUGGUUCAUCAUAUGGUCUGAACCAAUCUAAACCAAUUGGUUUACCAUCUAAUGAUAUGGCAGAUACAACAACAAAAUUAGAACUUUCCAAUGAAAUCUUUGAUCUCGACUUUCCUGAUGUGCCAAACUUUUCCCCAGGAACACCUGAAAAAUCUAAUGACAGACAGAAAACAUGGACAAAAUUGCCACAAAAAGAGGCAGAACCUUCAUAACCUACAUUGUGUUGCCUUCAUGCAUCUAUAACUUCAUCAUCAGGUUGCUUUCAUGAGUUUAUAAAAUCAGUCAUUCUUCACAGACAGCACUUAUUUAUCAUCACCAUCCGCAUUAUUACCCUGGCUGUUACGAGGAUGUUAAACCCAAAACAAACCUAUUAAUCAUCAUUUUGUCAACCUGUCUGACAGUCUUAAGAUAUCUAGAAAUGUUGUCCUGAAGAUACUGUAUCUAGAAAUGUUGCCCUGCAAUCAUCAGGAUUUUUUUUUAUAUUUUGAUAAAACUCUAGACCUUACCACUGACUAGGGUUGAUUGUUAUAGGCUCAGAUAUUAAUGGAUACCACUCAUAAUAGUUGCCAAGCUAGUCAUUUCGAGGUAACAUGAAAAUUUAACACAUUUACUAAAAAUUGACUUUUAGAAAUUUUGUAUUCUUUGAAAAUUAGCAAAAAAGUGUUCAAUUAUAACCAGAAAAAAACCUGACAGUACCUUGUAAAGGUGUGAAAACUUGAAUAGUAAUUCGUAGGUUUGUGAAACCAUUUAGUGUUGUGAAGGAGUGAAAACCUUAUACCCUAGUACUCUUUGGGAGACAAAUCUGUUGAGUACCAUUUAGUGUUGUGAAGGAGUGAAAACCUUAUACCCUAUACUCUUUUGGAGACAAAUCUGUUCAGUUCCAUUUAAACAAAACGUCCCCGAGUCUGCUUGUUUGUUACAGAUAUUGCUCCUAUUAAAUCAAUGAAAAUUAAUCUUUUCUGCCAAGUCACAUCAAGCAAUUUUUCCCCUUGUUUUCUGUGUUAUUCACGUAAUACACAUUAUGACACGUGUGUACUCUAUAUAAUGUAUAUGGUUUGGUGACCUAUGUAUGAUCAUUGCACUGUACAAUUGUAUGGCUUAACGUAACUUCAACCAUUUUCCAUUUUAAUCAUUUAGAUAGGAAUGAGGUACACUUGAGGUUUUCAUCUCGAUGCAAUACUUUUUGUAAGACUCCUGUCCCAUACUAAAGCCUGUGUGGCCUAGCUAGUCAUAAGAAUUUUAGGGGAAAUAAGAUAUUCUACCAGAUUAUGUACAAUUUAUAUCUGGUAUAACCUGGUGUGAUGGAAUUUAAUGUUAAUUCCAAUUGUUAAGAACAUUCAGUUCCACUCAAUCAACUGACAAAUAUAGAAUAUUACUUUUUGCAUAAAACAUCCAAACAAUGAACCAUUUCAGGUAUGUAACCAAGGUGGAUGCGUAAGUGCCUCCAAAUAGAGUUGAAUCCGAAACUUCAGAUUGCUAGAAAUUCCCUCUAGCAGAGUGGGUAACAAGUGUGUAGAUAUUGCACAACUGGCAUAUAUAUUUAAAUAAUACAAAUCCAGGUUAAAAUUGCUUUUCCAUAGAAAGAGUAAGGUCAACAUAACUACAGUAGGAACCUAUUACAUGAUGUAUACUGCUGCUAUUUUUCAAUGAAAUUCCAGCAUUAUAAUGAAAAAUUCAAAAGAGGACAACAUAAUGUCAUAAA